AUGCCACCUUCACCAGCUUCGAUUCCACCUUCACCAGCUCCGAUUCCACAUCCACUAGCUCCAAUUCCACUUACACCAGCUGCGAUUCCACUGCCAUCAGCUCUGAUUCAAUCUCCACCAGCUCCAAUUCCAUCUCCACCAGCUCCGAUGCCACCUUCACCAGCUUCGAUUCCACCUCCACCAGCUCUGAUUCCACCUAUACCAGCUCUCAUUCCACCUCCUCUAGCUCUGAUUACACCUUCGCCGGCUCCGAUUCCAGCUCUACCGGUUCCGAUUCCACAUCGACCAACUCCGAUUCCACCUCCAUCAGCUCUGAUUCAAUCUCCACCAGCUUCGAUUCCACCUUCACCAGCUCCGAUUCCACCUCCACCAGCUCUGAUUCAAUCUCCAGCAGCUCCGAUUCCACCUCCACCAGCUCCGAUUCCACCUCCACCAGCUCCGAUUCCACCUUCACCAGCUUCGAUUCCACCUUCACCAGCUCGGAUUCCACAUCCACUAGCUCCAAUUCCACUUUCACCAGCUGCGAUUCCUCUGCCAUCAGCUCCGAUUCCACCUCCACCAGUUCCGAUUCCACCUCCACCAGCUCUGAUUCCACCUCCAUCGGAUCCGAUUGCACUUCCACCAGCUCUGAUUUCACCUAUACCAGCUCUCAUUCCACCUCCUCUAGCUCUGAUUACACCUUCGCCGGCUCCGAUUCCAGCUCUACCGGUUCCGAUUCCACAUCGACCAACUCCGAUUCCACCUCCAUCAGCUCUGAUUCAAUCUCCACCAGCUUCGAUUCCACCUUCACCAGCUCCGAUUCCACCUCCACCAGCUCUGAUUCCACCUAUACCAGCUCUCAUUCCACCUCCUCUAGCUCUGAUUACACCUUCACCGGCUCCGAUUCCAGCUCUACCGGUUCCGAUUCCACAUCGACCAACUCCGAUUCCACCUCCAUCAGCUCUGAUUCAAUCUCCACCAGCUCCGAUUCCACCUUCACCAGCUCCGAUUCCACCUUCACCAGCUCCGAUUCCACAUCCACUAGCUCCAAUUCCACUUACACCAGAUCCGAUUCCACCUCCACCAGCUCUGAUUCCACCUCCAUCGGCUCCGAUUGCACUUCCACCAGCUCCGAUUCCACCUCCACCAGCUCUGAUUCCACCUAUACCAGCUCUCAUUCCACCUCCUCUAGCUCUGAUUACACCUUCGCCGGCUCCGAUUCCAGCUCUACCGGUUCCGAUUCCACAUCGACCAACUCCGAUUCCACCUCCAUCAGCUCUGAUUCAAUCUCCACCAGCUCCGAUUCCACCUUCACCAGCUUCGAUUCCACCUUCACCAGCUCGGAUUCCACAUCCACUAGCUCCAAUUCCACUUUCACCAGCUGCGAUUCCUCUGCCAUCAGCUCCGAUUCCACCUCCACCUGUUCCGAUUCCACCUCCACCAGCUCUGAUUCCACCUCCAUCGGAUCCGAUUGCACUUCCACCAGCUCCGAUUCCACCUCCACCAGCUCUGAUUUCACCUAUACCAGCUCUCAUUCCACCUCCUCUAGCUCUGAUUACACCUCCGCCGGCUCCGAUUCCAGCUCUACCGGUUCCGAUUCCACAUCCACCAACACCGAUUCCACCUCCACCAGCUGGUGGAAUCAUCAAGAUCAGCUAUGAAGUUGUCGAUGUAUUCCAAGAUCCAGGUCCGGCUCUAACAGCUCUAGUUCCAGCUGCUCAAAUUCAGCUUCAAGACCAUAGCCUCCAGUUCCAAUAG